CUCUUGGUAUCAUUGAUGCACCAGGCGGUUGUCAGUGCAGUCGCCGCACUCACAUUCUCGAGUCUCUUUAUCGAUAUUCUGUACAGCGUCACGAGCGCCGCGGUCGUUACUGUAAAGUUCCAUCUCUGUCGGGCCCCCCUUCUAUUACUAGACUUUCGGAGCUUCGCAGUGGUCCAGUGGAUUAUAUCCGCGCGUAGCGCUGGUCGAACAAGCCAGGUCUCGUCAUCCAAUUCCACCCCGUAACGAUGUUGAGGCAAAGGGAAAUAAAUCAUGAAGUGUCACUCAUGGGACGCCAGAGUCAGUACUAGUGACUCGGACACGUUGCGUCCACGUCACACCUCAGAUGAGCCCAUGAUACG